CUUCCUGUGGACAUCAGCGGGACUCCUCUCAGCUGUCAGCCCGGAGGACAGACACCGUGACCGGCCACAGCUGCAGCAGAGGCCCGGUGACCUGAAGCCAGCGGUGCGUGCUAACCUUAGCUUCAUGUAGCUGCUGUUAGCUAACGGCUAACAGCGAGCAGCCGAGGACCGGGACUGUCCGGGGACACGGUCCAGAUCAGCCGGGCUCGACCCACAGUGACCGGGGAGACGGUGCUACCCGAACCGGGUGUAACUGGUUUAACUGGGAGCUAACAUGCGAACAGCUGCGUUAGCUUCAUAAGAUACCGGGGGGCAGCUGACCCUGUCAGACAGGAUGAGCUCUCGAGGAGGAGGCACCGCUCUGACUCGCCGUAACUACAGACUGUCAUCAGACAGUGACAAGGCCAGAGCUACAGGGAUCGUGAAUGAGAAGCUGCUCAGUGAUUAUCUCCAUCAUGUGUUUCCUUCAACCAAACAUGGACCAGCAGUCGCCUCGCUCAGGAAGCCUCUUGGUUUCCAGGAUCUUGGUUGCCACCUUGAGAACCUUCUGUCAGAAGAAGAACCUUCAGAGGAGAUCAGAGAUCAGCCUGUGGAGGGUCGUCUGGGUCCUCAGCCGGUCGUCCUCGAUCACACCAGUGGAUUUGAAGGUCUCCUGUUUGUCGAUGACGACCUGCUCGGGGUCAUAGGUCACAGCAACUUCAGCUCCAUCAGAGCCACCACUUGUGUUUAUAAAGGGAAGUGGGCGUACGAGGUUCUGAUCUCGUCACAGGGUCUGAUGCAGAUCGGCUGGUGUACACUGAACUGUCGCUUUAACCAGGAGGAGGGUGUAGGUGACACACCUGAUUCUUAUGCGUACGAUGGAAACAGAGUGAGGAAGUGGAACGUGACGACCACAAACUACGGGAAGUCGUGGGCGGCAGGAGACAUCGUCAGCUGUCUGAUCGACCUGGACGAAGGAACCAUCACAUUCUGCUUGAAUGGACAGUCUCUGGGCACAGCUUUCACCAACAUAAAGACGGGUCCGGGCGUCGCCUACUUUCCCUCCAUCAGUUUGUCGUUCAAAGAGUCAGUGGCAUUUAACUUCGGCAGCCGGCCGCUGCGGUAUCCUGUGGACGGUUACCUGCCGCUGCAGAACCCUCCGACCUCUGACCUGCUGAAAGCUCACAAGCUGCUUGGAUACAUCAAGAACGUCCUCUGCAGCGCCAUCGACACUCAGGAGGACAGGCUGCUGGAGACGGAUUGUGCGAUGUGGAGUCUUCAUGGAGAACCGACAGUCCUCGUCACUCUGGCUCACAUCUUCAACCACUUUGCUCCUCUCAUGUGUAAGGUGUACCUGGUGGAGGACGUGCUGAUGAACUUCCUGUUGGGGAUUCUGGAGGGAGGAGGUUCAGUGGAUGAACAUCCACUGAUACAACAACUACUGGACCUGUUCUGGCUGCUGAUGGAGGACUAUGAAGUGAACGAGUGUCUGAAGCAGUUGAUGAUGUCACUUCUCAGAGCCUAUCGGUUCUCUCCCAUCAUCCCUGACCUCGGCUUCCAGAUCCACUACCUGCGUCUGACCACGGCCGUCCUGCAUCAUGAGAAGUCCAGGAAGUACCUGCUCAACAACGUCUUGUUCGACGUCCUGCGAUCUGUCGUCUUCUUCUACAUCAAGACUCCUCUGAGGGUUAAGGAGGCGGGGCUUGAAGAGCUCAUCCCCACCACCUGGUGGCCAACACAUUUCGACAAGGAGGGUAAAGACGAGCGGGAGUGUAAAGAUGAGAGUGCAGACGAGCGUCUGAGGCGCCGAGCGUAUGAGCGAGGUUGUCAGAGACUGAAGAAGAGGAUAGAAGUGGUGGAAGAGUUGCAGGUUCAAAUCCUGAGGCUGCUGCUAAAUAACAAAGACAAAACGACGGGAGAAGCGUCUCGUUAUAUUUUCCUCAACAAGUUCAGGAAGUUCUUGCAGGAGAAUGCCAGUAACAGAGGGCACCCCACAGCUCUGUGUCCUCCUGAGUACAUGGUGUGUUUCCUGCACCGCCUCAUCACGGCGGUGAGAACCUGCUGGGACGACGGGAACAGGAAGACUCAGGGCAGCGUCAGGAGUGAAGAGGCGUACGUCCCCCCUCAGCUCUUCUACAAUGGGAAGGUGGAUUACUUUGACCUGCAGAGACUGGGGGGGCUCCUCUCCCACCUCAAGAAAACACUCAAAGAUGAUUUGGCAAGUAAAGCCAACAUCAUCAUCGACCCUGCAGAGAUUCAGGCCGCAUCGAUGGACGACCUGGACGAGGACGAGGAGAGCGGAGCAGCACAGAGGCCGUUCGGUGCAGCGAUGGGUGGAGCUCUGGCGAGGCCCAGCUGGUUGAGUUCUCCCACUUUGGGACGGGCCAACCGGUUCCUGAGCACGGCCGCCGUCAGCCUGAUGACUCCCAGACGACCCCUGACUCAGCCCGAGAAGGUGAAGGUUCGCACGCUGACUGUGGAGCAGAGGACGGAGGAGGACAUCGAGGGUAGCCAUGGUAACGAUGGCCUGUUGCUGGGGCGACCAGUGGAGGAGCCCGAGCAGCCAGUGGCAGAUAAGUCGCUGCUGGAAAUCGUCGACGGGAUCGUGAUGAUGUACAACCUGAGCGUCCACCAGCAGCUGGGGAAGAUGGUGGUGGUUUCAGACGACGUCCAUGAAUACGCUGUGGCGCUGAAGGACACAGAGGAGAAGAUCGCUCGCUGCCCCGCACGAAGAUCAGACAUCCUGGACGAGCUGCAGAAGAGUCAGAAGGUUUUCUCAGAGAAGCUGAAUCACCUCAGCAGGAGACUGGCCUGGAUCAACGCCACCAUCUACUCCAAGGAGAAGAUGCUGGAUGUGUACUGGCUGCUGUGCGUUUGCAUUCGCACCAUCGAACACGCAGACAACACGGGCUCCUUGUUCGCCUUCACUCCUGAAUUCUACCUCAACGUGGCCAUGAACGCUUACAGCGCCCUGAAGAACUACUUCAGCCCCGCCAACAGCAUGGAGGAGCUACCAGGUUACGAAGAGACACUGACUCAGCUGGCUGCCAUCCUCGCCAAACACUUUGCUGAUCCACGCAUCGUCGGAACAGACAUUAAAGAUUCUCUGAUGCAGGCCCUCGCCAGCUACGUCUGCUACCCACAAUCCCUCAGGGCAGUGGAGAGGAUCCCAGAGGAGCAACGAGUGGCCAUGAUGAGGAACCUGCUGGCUCCGUAUGAACAGAGACCCUGGGCUCAGACCAACUGGAUCCUGGUCCGACUGUGGAGGGGCUGUGGUUUUGGAUACAGAUACACUCGUCUUCCUCACCUCCUGAAAACCAAACCUGAGGACGCCAACCUGCCCAGUCUGCAGAAGCCGUGUCCGUCGCUGCUGCUGCAGAGACACAUGGCGGAGCUGCUGAGUGUUGACAAAGACAUGGCCGCCUCGUUCCUCAACAGCGUCCUGAACCAGCUCAACUGGGCGUUCUCUGAGUUCAUCGGGAUGAUCCAGGAGAUCCAGCAGGCCGCAGAGCGUCCAGAGAGAAACUUCGUUGACACUCGGCAGCUGAAGGUGUGUGCGACCUGCUUCGACCUGUCCGUCAGUCUGCUGCGAGUCUUGGAGAUGACCGUCACUCUGGUUCCUGAGAUCUUCCUCGACUGGUCCCGCCCCUCCGCAGAGUUGCUGCUCAGACGACUGGCUCAGCUGUUGAACCAGGUUUUGAACAGAGUGACAGCAGAGAAGAACCUGUUUGAUCGUGUUGUCAACUUAAGACUUCCAGGUCUGGAGAGUGUCGAUCAUUAUCCAAUCCUCGUUGCUGUCACAGGGAUCCUGGUUCGGAUCCUGGUGGACGGAGACAGACAGGGGAUAUCUCGCGCUGCGUCCGUCCUGCUCUCUGACCCCUGCUUCCAGCUCCACUCCAUCCAACACUUGUUGGGAGAGGGGGCGGAGCCCUCCAGAUCCUUACCUGCAGCCGCCUCCCCCGCUCGUCCAGUAGUCGGAUCUCUGGGGUCGUCUGUGGCCCCUCCCAUCCCCUCAGCCGCAGGAAACACAGGAUCGACCGAGCGAAAACACUUCUCUCUGCACGCAUACACCGACUACAUCAGCGAGGAGGAGAAACACAAGGUGGAGCUGAUGUUGGCGUUUCUCACUGAGGAGUCCAAACAGGCGGCGGCGAGCACAGCUCCGACGAGUGAAGAAGAUCUUUGUCCGAUCUGCUACGCUCACUCCAUCUCUGCUGUGUUCAAGCCCUGUUCACACAAGUCCUGCAAAGCCUGUAUCAACCAACACCUGAUGAACAACAAGGACUGUUUCUUCUGCAAAGCCACAAUCACUGGAGUGGACGACUACAACAAGCCAGCCUCCUAACACACACAGACACACACAGAGACACACAGAGACAGAGACACACACAGAGA